AUGUACACCGAGGUGGCUGCAUUGCUCUGUCUGGGCUGGUUUUUCUUCAUAUUCGUCGUGUGCGGCAUAGGCUAUGUUCAACUAUUCAGGCACUACCGCAAGCCGCCUGCACGAGCCAACGUGCUGCAAAAGCCGUUGGAUCGCAUCCCACAUGUGACCGUCAUCCGGCCCUGCAAAGGCCACGAGCCGUAUCUGGCGGACUGCCUGGCCUCCAGCUUCCUCCAAGACUACCCGCAGUCCAAGCUCACCAUCCAGCUCUGCGUCGCAUCGCGCUCCGACGCUGCCGUGCCAGCGGUUGAGUCAGUCCUCAAAAGAUUUCCCAACUACGAUGCCCGUCUAUACGUAGAAGACGAGGACCCUGCGCUUCAGACAGCGGACAGUCGUGAUGCACUCGGGCCCAAUCCCAAGAUUCGCAACAUGAGCCGCGCAUAUCGAGAAGGCCGAGGAGAUCUGGUAUGGAUCAUAGACUGCAACGUUUGGGUCUCGCGCGGUGCGUGUGCCAGGAUGGUGGACACGUUGUGUGGCUACGGGCCCAAUGGCUCUCUGACGAUGGCAUACAAGUUGGUUCACCAUUUACCGCUCUGCAUCGAUGUGCACGAGGACUAUGCAACAGACCGUGGAUCUCGCAAACUACUACAUUCGAUGAGCGAGAGCCACAGCCACCACUCUAUGGACGUGUCGUCCACCACCAAGAGCCAGCAUCGUGGCUUCGGCGGACGCCUCGAGGAACUGUUCUUGUCCUCUUCGCACGCAAAAAUGUACGUUGCCAUCUCCACCGUGGCGAUCGCUCCGUGUAUUGUUGGCAAAUCGAACAUGUUCCGCCGUUCAGACCUGUACGGGUUGACCCGCGGUCAGGGACUGGACUACUUCAGCCAUAACAUCUGCGAAGAUCACUUGAUCGGUGAUCUGCUUUGGAAGAGUACCAUCGGCCAUCAAGAAACUCUUUCGGAUAAUUUGGAGUCCAAGGGCACGUGGCGGCGAAUGGGCAAUCAUGGGCUCGUAAAGGGCGAUCUCGCCAUUCAGCCUGUGGCCGGAAUGGGGGUAGCGGGCUACAUGGCACGAAGGGUUCGAUGGCUCAGAGUCAGGAAGUUCACUGUCCCAGCAGCUACGGCCGUUGAGCCAGGCACCGAGAGUGUGGUUUGCUCACUGCUGGGCGCCUGGGGACUCGCCACCUCCAGCCUCACCCGAGAUUCAGCAGGCUCAACAUGGGUGUGGAUGCUGUGUUGGUGGCUUGUGAGCAUGACCGUUUGGAACUGUGUCGACCGAACAGUCUACCUGCUUCUCCAUUCCGGGGUCACGAUAGAAGCUGGAGAUGAUCCAGACGAGGUCCCUACAUUCGCCCGUCCUCUGGCCCAAAAGUGGAAAGGUCGACGGAAAUGGGCCACUUGGUUCCGGGCCUGGUUGGGAAGAGAGUUCCUCGCAUUUGGCAUCUGGUUCUGGGCAAUCUGGGGCGGCGUGUCGGUGACUUGGCGAGAGAGGCGCUUUUGGGUCGGCCUGGACAUGAAAGUGCACGAGAUUCCCGAUGCAUCGAUGCAAAGGCGUAAAACGCCCAAUGGGACGGCGGCGGAUGGGAAAGUGCGAGUCGAUUGA